AUGCUCGGACAAAUUCGCCUUCGGCGACCACAGUCUCCAGUAGUUGGAUGGGUAACAGUUCUACUGCUUGUUGCUUUAUCAGCAUCGUGCGGCUGGUACAGCCAACAAGUCGUCACGUAUUCGUAUCGAGGCGAACGCGAAGUCAACAGCGUGACCCACGACGUCAUCGUCCGUCGUCAGCAGCUUCUCACGAAACUCACAGCUCCGGCCGAUGGCUCUGGCUCAUCCGCUCCAGUAAAAAUUAUGCUUGAUCCCGUCCAUGUCUCGCGUGUUCCACGAGAAACCCCAGACGACACGCCGAAACCAACACCAAAGCCAACCCCGAAGCGCACAUCUCCACCCCCAAAGAAACCAACUCGCAAGCCUCUGCCUAAUCCGAACGUAGAGAAACUAUGGAGUCCCGUCAAAACCCUUGCCGACCUGGAACAGCUCGAGUGUGUUGCAUGGCGACAAAUAGCUAACUGCUCCCCCCGAGGGGAUUUCAAGCCAAAGCGAGAUGCUACGUGUGACCGUAAAAUUUCACCUGCCGACUCCGGAUUCUGUGAGUAUCGUCACCGCAAAACAGGAGAAGUGCGUCGACUCAUCGCAGCCAAGUGCAAGUCUCGGGCCAGUCAAAUGGGCUACUCGUGCGCGAAUGCCACUAUGCUAGUUCGCUACAACCUUUUGGCGGACGAUUAUAAGCCAGAAUACCCACUUUCGUUCGAGAACAACCGACGGGACUUUCUCCUAGAGAAUGGUUUUAUUAAAGAAAACACAAGCCAACCGUUGGUGUUGAGUGGACAGAAAGUAGCGCCUCCUGCGUCUUUUACAAAAGGCAUCGCAUACGUCGUAUACGAGCAAUUGUUCCUAAGUGUAUACGCUGCGAUUCGAGCUCUACGUUCUGCCGGCUGUACACUCCCCAUCGAGCUCUGGUAUCGAGAAGAGGAGACCAACACGUCACACCCGUUAUUACAAGAGCUCCGUAGUAAAUACGGUGCUUAUCUCCGCGUCAUAAAAGACCCUCGAGCUGUCAAGUUCUAUACGAAACUCUAUGCGGUUUUCUACAGUGUUUUCGAUAAUCUUCUGCUACUUGACGCCGACAACUUCGCAGCGCGAGAUCCCACACACUUGUUCAGUACCGAGGUGUACAACGACACGGGUGCUGUCUUCUGGCCGGAUUUCUGGAUGCCCAACCGCACAAUUUUCAAGACCAAGAAAGGCAGCGACGUGUGGGAACUCCUGGGUGUCCCGUUUGUCGAUAUGUUUGAGCAAGAGAGCGGCCAAGUGCUGGUGAACCGAGUCAAGCACACAAAGGCGUUGCAUGCUUUACUGCACUAUGGCCUCACGGAACCUCACUUACCUGCCAAAUUCGAUAUGCUCUGGGGAGACAAAGAUCUCUUCCGCUUCGCCUGGAUGCGUACGAACUCGAGUUUCCACAUGAUCAAGCGCCCAGCAGGCAGCGCAGGACUGAAGGCUCCGCAUCUUAAUAUUUUCUGCGGUAACACUAUGGUACAGCAUGAUCCUGACGGAGAGGUAGCGUUUCUUCAUCGGAACAUUGUCAAGUUCUUACCGGAGGGAAACAAUACGCAGAAACUCUGGCAAUACGUGCAGCAGUACAAUAUGAACCAAGAUCUGCGCUACUACGAAGUUCGGGGAGAUGUGGAUCAUCGAUGGUUCCCGAAUAUUAGAAAAUGUUACGGAAAGCGCAUAAAUUAUCUGCGAGCGUAUUCUCUCAUGGCUAUAAAGGAAUUUCCGUUUGCAGGCCUUGAAGACGAGAUUAUUAGCCACGUACAAGAAGCCGAGAGCAUUGUCAAACAAUCUGGGUAUGUAAGUACAGUAACGCAGCCUCCGAAGACAAGGAAAAUUAAGAAAAAGUAA